CUCAUGCUUUAAGAAUCGCAGAUCAAUUACGCGAUAAUAAAAAAUAUGAAGAUGCUUGGAAUAUUUACCAUGAAUUAACUAAAGAUGAUAAGGUGAAAUUGACUGCAUUAAUUAAUAUGGCAGACUGCUAUAAAGAACUUAGUCACAAAGAAGACAUUGCUUUUACAACAGCAUUAGAACUUUAUAGUAACAAAAAAUAUAAAGAAUCAUUUGAUAUUUUUUGCAAACUUAGUUUAAGUAAAAAGAAUUGCUAUAUAAAAACUCAAGAUUUGUUUUUUUGA